AUGCGAUCCCUCCCCCUCAGCGCCCUCUUGCUCGCAGCCACCCCUGCCGCCCUGUCUCCCGGCGACCGGGCCUGCCUCUCCUCCCACGCCCGGCAGCUCGCCGAGCUCGCCCACUGCGGCGACCGAACCUCGCUGCGCCUCUGCCUCUCCAACCUCCCCGGCCCCCGGCACCACAGCGACCUGCAGGCCUGCUACGCCGACGCCGGCUGCCCCGCCAGCCAGGCCGCCCAAGAAGCCGUCCGCGCCGUCAGCCGGUGCCGCGACCGCGACGGCGAGGGCGACGCCGACGCCUACGCCUACGCCGAGGACGAGCUGAGGCGGCGCCGAGCGGCGGGCGUCACCCCCCGGCCCGCGCUGAACCAUGACCACCGCCUGGCCGCCCGGGAGACCGGCGGCGCCUCGCUCAAGAGCGGCAGCGACUGCUUCAGAUUCGGCACCACCACCCACGCGUCGUGCGUCACCAGCACCGUCGACGGCAAGCCCAAGGCCAACUCGUGCACGCCGCAGCCCGUCACCACCAGCGACUGCCUGUCCGGCUGGAUCUGCGCCCUCGACCCGCAGCACCAGGACAUCUGCAUGAAGGCGCAAAACGCCCUCGACACGGGCGGCGUCGUCGUCGCCGUCAUCUUCGGCCUCGCCAUCGUCGUCGGCGUCGCCUACGUCACCUUUGCCUGCUGCCAGGAGAGGGCGCACCACAAGAAGGCUGCCGCCAAGGCCGAGGCCGUGGCUCUCGCCCGCGCCGCUACCAAGAAGCAGCGGUCCCAGGAGGCGCGCGCGCCCCUCAUGCAGCAGGUUGACGACGCGCACGACAAUGGCCCGAACCCUUUCCAGGAGCCUGGCCACCGCUGA